AUGUCAAUGUCAAAUCUUCUCUCAAGGUCUGCCGUUCGAGCAGCGUCUACCUCGGCCCAAACAACCAAGGCCGCAGGUGAUAUCUCAUCAGUCUUCCCCAGCUUAAGGCCCGACUACAAGCCGGAGCCCCUCCCCGCACGAUUCCAGGAGCUGAAGGCAAGAAUUUUCGAGAAGAACAAGGAUGCACUCACUAAGAGCUGGGAGCGUUUGCUUCCCAGCUUGGACGAGGAAGUGCAAAAGAUCAAAGCGAAAGGCAGUGAUAUCAUCCCAUCAAUUGAAUAUUCAGAUGUUAUCUCUGGAAAGAUGUCUGAUGCUGCAUUGAAAGAGAUCCGCCACCGGGGCAGCGUGGUUGUCCGCAAUGUGAUCCCCAAGGACCAAGCCCUAGACUACAAACAGCGGAUCCGCGACUACACAGCUGCCAACAAGGAGCGAGUCAAGGCCUUCCCCGCUGACUCCCCAGCUGUCUACGAGCUGUAUUGGACUCCCUCGCAGGCUGAAGCCCGUGGCCACGCCAACAUGCUCAACACACAACGCUUCAUGCAGCAACUGUGGCACUCAUCCGAUCCCAACAGCAAGGUCUCCACAUCCCACCCACUCACCUAUGGAGACCGCCUGCGCAUCCGUAACCCAGGCGACUCAAAGUUCACUCUUGGCCCGCACAUUGAUGGUGGUUCUCUCGAACGUUGGGAAGAUCCCGAGUACUCCCGAGUGUACACCAAGAUCCUGGAGGGCAAUUGGGAGCAGUAUGACGCAUGGGAUGCACGCCACCGUUUGAAUGCUACCAUGGAUUUGUACAACGGCGCAGGAGCUUGCUCCAUGUUGCGAUUCUUCCAGGCCUGGCUUUCUAUGUCGAACACAAAGCCCGGCGAGGGCUCGCUGCACGUCUGUCCCAUGAUCAACCAUAGCACGGCAUACACCAUCCUGCGUCCCUUCUUUGACGUCGAGACCUCAAAGCCCAACUUGGAUGCUACAUUCCCUGGGUCUGUGCCUGGUGCCUGCCAGGAGUAUAACCCGGUCACACACCCCCAUCUCGAUCUGGAGGCGACAAUGGUCUCGGUGCCGGAAGUCGCGCCUGGUGACUUUGUCGCUUGGCACUGCGAUUCGCUUCACUCGGUGGAUAAAGAGCACCGUGGCACUCAGGAUUCUAGUGUUCUGUACAUCCCUGCUACUCCGCUGUGUGAUAUGAACGUUGAGUAUCUGCUCAAGCAGCGCCAGGCUGCGCAGGCAUAUUCGCCUCCCUGGGAUUUCCCUGGUGCUGGUGGCCCCGGCGAGGCAGGAUUUAAGGGAACUAUGGAUUGGUCUUCGCUGAACCCGGAGGGCCAGCGGGCCAUGGGUAUGGGCCAUAUUCCCUGGGAGAUUACCGAUGCCAUGAGUGAGGGUGAGAAGGAAGCCGUGCGGUCUGCCAACAAGGCCUGCUUCGGAGUGUGA